AUUUUAUUCCCAGCAGUGCAACGGGGUAAAAAUUCAGCCCAUCAUGGCCCGCAACGUCGUGAACGCGGCCAAGUCGGCAUCGAAUGUCGUUUCUAUCAAACAUAAAUACUCUGUUCAAUCUACCGGUUUAUGGGAGCGCCUCCGCCGCAUACUUGCUAUCGAUCCCGAACGGUCAACCGGUGUGCCAUUGAACUCUCAGUUCCGUCUGCCCACCCCAGGAGCUCUUCCCCCGCUGUCUUACGAUGACCCCGUCACGGUCCCAGCCGGCGACAUCGCUGAUAACCCAUACUGGAAGCGUGAUGUUCGCAGAAACUACCCGAGAGUCAGCACGGUGAACCAAGCGGAUGCUGUUGGCCUUCUUACUGUGGGAAGCCAGGCAGCGCCUAAGGAAGAAGUCCUGCAGAUUGGCGAGGCGGGCGAGAAACAGCUGAUUUCACUCAAGCAACAUGGUGAGGAGCGGGGUUUGGCGGGUUUAUUCCAGAAGGACAAGAAUGGCAUUAGAGGCGUCCUAGGUCCCAAUGGUUUGCCACCAACACCUUGUAACCUGAACUCUUCUUCAAAGUAUCAGAUCGACGAUGAUCACGGAUAUCCAAAUGUGUAUCCUUGCCGCACCUUUGCCUAAAGCUCUAGAAACUUUGUUUAUUAGAUACAAA